UCUUGUUUUGUGGCUCGUCUUGCGUUUUUCACGUCUUACAAACUGACGGGAUUUUUACGAUUUGUAGGAGUUUUGGACACCGCUUACUACAGUAGACCUACAGACAUGGCGGAGUUCGCAUUUGUGUCUCCCGUUAAAGAGCUUCAUGCGGAACAAACUGCGAACGAGACGCACAUCAAAGAGGAGCCGACAGGAGACACUGGAUGGCAACAGGAUGGACAAGAGAACGUGCAGUGCCAGGAAACGUACCGUGAGGACCAGGAAACAUACGACUACCAACCAACCGGACAUCCAUGGAACGAGACUUACAACAGUUGGGAGCAGACAACAGACACAGGAUGGCAGCAGGACGAGGAAAGGGACGUUCCAAACGACGAAACGCGCGGUGUAAGAGCAGAAAUAGAGGAGUCCAAUAGUGGGCUUUCUACCGGAGAACUGUGUACAGAACACCUUGGAAAGGAGAGUGACAGCAAGGAGACACAGACAACAGACAUGGGCCUGCAGCAGGAAACGUGUGAUAUGAACUUUCCCCAACCUGACAACACAUCAACCUCACAGGUACAGGAGAACAGAGAUGAUAUGGAAAGGCGUGUGGUUAAACACACCGGUGAGAAAACCUACAUGUGUGGGGAGUGUGGGUACAAUACAACUAAAAAGGAUCACUUACUUCGACAUAUGAGAACCCACACAGGAGAAAAACCCUACAAGUGUGACCAGUGUGACUAUUCUGCUGCACAUAAGUCGAAUUUGGAGCAACAUGUUGCAAAACACACCGGUGCGAAACCCUACAUGUGUGGGGACUGUGGAUACAGGACAACUCAAAAGUCUCACAUAUCCCGACAUAUACGAAUCCAUACAGGAGAGAAACCCUACAAGUGCGACCAGUGUGACUACUCUGCAGCACAAAAAUCCUCUAUUGACCAGCAUCUAAAAAAGCACACCGGUGAGAAACCCUACAUGUGUGGGGAGUGUGGGUAUAGGGCAAAUUAUAAAGUAAGCUUAUCUCAACAUAUGAGAACCCACACAGGAGAAAAACCGUACAAGUGUGACCAAUGUGACUAUUCUGCUGCACUGAAAUCCACUUUGAACAAACAUGUAAGAAAGCACCACACAGAUAAAAUGACCUAGAUGUGCGGAGUGUGUCAAAACAGGACAACUCAAAUGUCUGAAUAGCCAAGCAUAUAAGAACCCAAAGAGGCGGAAAACCAUAGAAGUGUUAUCAGUGUAACUACUUUGCAGCUAGGAUAUCUUACCUUAUCUAUUUUUCAUAUGCUAAAAGCCUGACAGGGCUUAUGACAAAUAUUCCAGAUAGAGUGCUUGUGUAAAAUAGCCGAGUCCUUGUCUAAUUGACGUACAGUAUACGUAAACGUCAUCGACAUAUAGAGGUUGGUUUUGCAUCUAAGAUAGUUUUAGUAUGUAUAUAGCAAGGCAUACUUGUCUUAGUGUAAACGAAAAAUCUACCAAUUUUGUGUUGUUUAGAAUAACAUCUACAACAAUACGCACAUUGUGUAUACUGUUAUUAUGCAUGUACUUGGUACAUGUCGUCUGUUUUGUACACUUGUAUUCUUAAUAUUUGUACCUGAUAGCAAUUUAUAUUAUACUGACAUAUUUGAUAACUUGGUUUUGAUUCUA